CCGAUUUGCCCUGACCUUAAUGGUCGAGGAAAUCGUUACAACGUGUCAUGCAAAAAACGCACGCGCCUUGACUUUCAGACCGACCCCGUUUUGGUAGUCGAUGUCGUCGCUGUGUCGAUCGCAAAAGCAUGGCCAAAUACCCUUGUAAGGGUAUUCGGUCCGACAGCGUCGUGUUUCACUGGGCGGAGCCGGCCCCAGAAGCUGAAGGGGGUGAGGUCAAGGACGACGAGGUGAAACUGUUGAUCGUGCAGGCUUGGCGGACGAGUACGGAGGAAAAAUUGUUGAGAAUAUUAUUCGGCAAGCUGGAAGAAGACCAUCUCGACGCAAUCACGGACGAGUUGUUGGUGCUUUUGGCGCAGCUGGUAGACAAUUUACCCCUCCACAUCCUGUCAAGGUGUGACGAGAAGUCGGGGAUAGACGUGCCCACUCGCACGCUUGCGCCGCAUCUGAUGUGGUCCACAUAUACGGAGCUAGACGGGGAUAACUGCUUUUACCCAUCCCCGAGCCUCUAUUUCGAAAUUGACGUCACUGAUCUCACAUUGUGGGACCCUUUUGUCCGUCGAGGAAACGCGCUAGGAGCCAGUAACGACGACGACGACGACGACGACGACGAAGAAGAAGAAGAAGAAGAAGAAGAAGAGUCAGAGGAAGAAGAAUCGGGCACUGAUCGAGACGAUCCCGACUACAUUGGGUCAGAGGAGGAGGGAGAGGAAAGUGGAUCGGGAUAGUCGAUGUCGGUGCGAAUACCCUUACAAGGGUAUCCGCCCUGAUUUUUGCAAGCGACAGAAAAUAAGUUGGUUUAAAGUCUA